CCUUCGGCCGACGUGAGCUCUGUGAGAGAUCACUGGCGGGGACUCGUUUCUCCACGAGCUCGUCCUCGAUCAGCGACGCGCUCGAGCAUGAAGCACAAUCCCAGGUGGAAUUACGACGACCUUGACUGCUCUGGUUGGGCGAUUAAAAGCCCACCCAAAGUUUUGUUCGAGAACGCUACCAGCUUUCCCAGAAUACGACAGACGCAUGUUCGGAUGCUGGAAGAGACAAGAGUGAGGAGGUCGAGUGCGAAAAGUGCGAUCAACACGAACAAACCACGUGUUUUUCCGGAGGAAACAGGGAUAAUCUGAAAUGGAGACGGAAGAUAUAAAUCUGGACGAUCAGUCCAAGCCGGUGAUGCUGUUAGGCCGAGACAUCAGGAAAAUUCCAUGCUUCAAGGACAGCAUGUUAUUCGGCAUAUAUAGCAGCUUCGCCACCGGCUUGGCCACCUUCAUGUUCACAAGUCGCGUUAAACUGGCGACGAACGUGGCUUUAGGUUCUUUCUCGGGUGUUGCCAUGACUUUCUGGUGUUACUGCCGUUACAACUACGUAAUGAAUAAGUACGCUAUCGCCGAAUUGCAACAAACCAUGCAGCAGGCGCGAUACGCCGUCGACGAGGAAACGAAUGAACUCCAUCCACAAGAUGAUCAGGAGAAAUUGCCGAAUGUUUAAGAGAUAUUCUGUCUAAGUACUGAAGACCCUUGACAUCGUAUGAUGAUAUUUUAAAUGGCACAACAUCAGAUUGCUUAUAAUAACACAAUAUAUAUUAUGUAACAGAGUCAAGAUCAUAUAUGAGACUCUUGUAAGUGUCUGAAGCAAUUUUCUGACAAUUUUUCAAGCAAAUUGUACAGUAUCAAUGUAAAAUAUACAAGAGUGUAAUUUUGUACAAAAGUAGAACGAGUUUAUAGUACUUAAUAUAUUGUGUUGUAGCUGUUGUAUAAUUCAAUCGUUGAGUGAUUGCUAUACGAUUGUGUGUAGCACAUUGUGAUCAGUGAUGUCAUUUAAGAGGUAACUUUAGAUUAUUUUUAACCAAUGUAACACAUAGGCGACUGUGUGUGUUAUAGUUUUUCUAGAAUAAAAUGAUUUUCUUAGCACA